AUGGAAAACGAAGUGAAGCAGCGCAAUCAGAGAAAUAGGCGAAGGGAGCGGGCACAGCGCAUGCAAGCACAGCGAGAGAGCAAAGUUAAGGAUGGAGACAGCGGCGAGGACGAGUCUCCAACGAGAGAGAAGCCGCCUCGUCCUCCUGCCAGGAGGAAGAAGUCGCGGGAGCCGCUCGGAGAAGAGGACAUCAUCGAUGGUUUCGCCAUAAUGGCAUUUCGCACUUACGAAGAUCUUGAGGCUGCUGUAAAAUGCGCUGCCUCACCUCGCACAAACGCUCUGUCGACAAAGCCUCGCUUGCCUUUGGCGGCGUUGGCAGCCGACUCAGGGCGAAAUCACCCGCCCAACAAUGUCAACUCUCAUGGUAUUACGCUGCUUCAAGACGCUGGUACGUCGGAUGACAGUGGUCGGGCCUCAGAAAGACUUACGGGUAGUUCGGUGGCUCCCCGCGAUCCCGAUUCUUCCCGCGAUCGUCUUAGUGACGCCAGUAGCCGCUGUAGUUCCGGAAAAGGCUAUAUCUGUGAUAGCGAAGGCGACGAUGACAAGGCGAGUCCCGAAAAUAGCAGAAACGCUUCUCCAAGAUAUCACGAUGUAUCAAUGGAUGAUGCAUCGGACGCAGGCUCUCUCUUCCGGGUCGGGACUGGUGCACCUGCAGCCACAGGCGGAGGUGCUAAAAACGAGCUGGUAGCCCGGGGCGGCAGUGGUGGGGCACUAGCCUUAUCACGGGCGCCAGUUGGCGGCAGUGCAAGUCCUGCGCCCGCUCCACUGCCGCAGCCAGCACCUUCACCUGCGCCUGCAGCUCUACCACCACCAGCUCUUCCUCCGCCGCCAUUCAGAGCUGACACGCCGCAUCGGCCCAAUGGCGCUCACAUUCCUGCUCUCGAUGGCCAUGCGGCCACACAAAUUCCCGCACGACCGGUUGGUGCCGCCGGACCCGACACGCCUGAGCGACCCGCCAGCAACAGCAAAUUGCAGCCUGGUGCGAGAGCAUCUGCAGAUAGCCCGACGCCGGCUCCUCCUGCACCGCAAGCACCUUCACCACUUUUUCCUUCGCAUACCGCCUAUCAAUCCCAAUCCCAAUCACAUUCUGCCGCAGCGCUGCCCGAUUACAGACACACAAACCAUGAAACGCGAACAGAACCGUCAGAACAGCCACCGGCGCCUUUGGACCUCCACACGCAUCACGGCGCUCAUCACACGCCUCGGCCGCAUGUAGCACCGAGUGCUGCCCAAAUGCCACACACUAGUCUACCGAGCCGGAUCUCACACACCCCGGCACAUCCCAUGAUGGCCGGUCAUGACGUUCGAAAUCCUUCUCUCGCAGCUCAGACGCACCCCUCCGUUCCUACCUCGUUUUCAAACCGCGUUAGUGGUGUUCCGCAAAGCGUACCGCCACCUACGACGCCGUCUACAAUACCGAGCUGUCUUCCGAGUCAAACUCUUACCGGACGGUCGCUCUCACCGGCCGCACCGACCUCUCGCCCUUAUCCUACCCCAUCAAUUGGGUCUAGUCAUGUAAACUCAAGUUUAAGUUCCAGUAUUCACGGUCACUCAAUAGCUUACCAGAGUCAGUCGAGUUUACAGAAACAUUCCGUUCAACCCGUGUAUGCGAAUCGACCUUCGCAUCUUACACCGUUCAGUAUAUCCAAUCACAUCAGUCACAUUCAAUCUUCUACGGCGAAUCAACCCCCAGCAUCACACAUCAGCCAUCCUCCAUCCAGCCAUUCCGUUACAAGCCUCGCAAGUCAUCUCCCUAUUCACACACCCGGUUCCCUAGCAACAUCCGUACCGAAUCAUAUUGUUCCAUCAUUGUCUUUAGUUUCAACUGCGAAUACCACGAUGUCUUCUUAUAAUACACCAAGCCUUAAAUCACACCCUGGUCUCAGUACGCCUCUGCAACCUACAUCCGUUAUGCCACCUGUGUCUUCACAUCUGUCGAGCAAUCACGUUGAGCAGUUACCGACGUCAAGUUGUCCCCCAACAAGUAUUACGCCAGUGAUAACGAGUAGCAGUAGCACACAUUCUCUGGCACCCCCUGUUAUAGACUCAAGGCAAAUACCAAUAUCAUCCUGUGAGUUGCCUUCGCGAACAGAAAGUCCAUCCGUCACAUCUACUCUGGCUGCCAAUGGUUACCCUCCACCGGCUGUUUAUUCGGGAUCGUCGUACCCCCCACUAUACGCGCCAUAUGCUACUACCUUACAACACAGUCCUUAUCUCCCCCCUGCCGCAGCGUCCCCCAGGAAUUCUGCUGAUACAAGAACAAGUCUAUCUGCCUCUCCACUUGUGGCACCUAAGACUCCAAAGGGCGUGCGCCCUCACACCCCGGGAUCUACUGGAGCUGCAGGUGCAUCUCUAUCCUACUCACCCCGUGGGCAUAGCCCUAAUCGGGAGCGGGAAAGUUUCAGCAGUAAUAUUAGUAGCUUGUCGCGAAGUACACCUGCGUCGGGAGCCACCACAGGGCCGUCACUGGCGCCAUCGCUCGUGGCACCGCUGGCUGGCCCACUACCUACGCCCUUGGCCACUGCAUUGCCGGGUCCACUGCCAUCAUCGUUGAGUACACCUCUAGUUGGGCCUCUGGGGGCACCGCUGGGCACAGCCCUGACGGCGCCGCUGGCUGCACCGACUCCUACGCCCGCUGCCCCCACUGCCCCUCACCUUACACACUCGCUCGCACCGGUGCCAACAGUGCCCAGCAUCAGUUCCAGCGCCAAACCGCCUGCGCACUGGGGGGUGACCAGGCCAACUGGCGCAGAUCGCACGUCAAGUUUUGCUCCCGCUCCUCCGCUAUUCGGGGCACCACUUGCGCCGCCUAAUCCAAAUCCUUUCUCUGCGGAGUCACUAUUUCAAACAAGCCCUGGUGCGGACCUGCUACGGAGGGAACUGGAUAAUCGUUUUCUGGCUGCGGCGGGCGCCGUGUCCGGUGUUCGGACAGAGAUGCAUCACCACCAACAUCAGCAUCAGCAUACGCACGUGCAUCAACACCCCGCCUCGUCGCACGCCCCGCACACAGCCGGCGUGCCACACGCGCCACACCCACACCAGCUCCUGGUGCCGCACGCGCCACACGCACCUCACGCGCCGCACGCGCCUCACGCGCCGCACGCGCCCCACGCGCCCCACGCGCCCCACGGGCCCCACGCGCCUCUCUUCAAGGAUAUGGGUAAAAUGCCAUCGUUAUAUCGGACUGGUCUUGGCCUUGGCUACCCAUAUUCUUCUAGUCUGCUACAUCCGACAGGACCCUACGUGCCUCCUGCACCAAUGACUGCCUAUGCACCUAAGCCCGUAGUGUCAGCCGCAAGCGACUCCGCCUCUAAACCAUCACCACGUCCUGCUGUUGCGAAAACUGGAAAAUGGAACGCAAUGCACGUGAGGAUAGCCUGGGAGAUCUAUAACCACCAGCAGAAGGAGAAGUCUGGUGGCGCAGGAGUAACGGGCGGUAGUGCUGACAAGGACAAGUUGCGAGCUUUCCCUGCGCCGGCACCCCCGCCACCCACCUACCGCUCGCCCUACGAGCUACCGCCGGCGCCCUACCUGUCACACCACCCGCACAUAGGGGUGUCACCGUUCGGCCGCUACGGGCCUGGCCCCUACCCUGGCGCCGCCGGCCCUUUCGGCUUGUCGGCGUACGGGCGCGAUCUGGCGCUGUCCUCGUCUCUCCACGGCGUGCAUCACUCGCAGCUCGGUGCCGUGGGCGCCCUGCACGACGCGUGGCGCGCCGUGCGUCCGCCCGCCCCUCCCGCGCCCGACGUGCGACGCGAGCACGACGAGCGCGAACGAGCGCGCAGAGAACGCGACGAACGGGAACGACGAGAGCGCGAGGAGCGCGAGCGCCGAAAGGCGCGCGAGCAUCGCGAACAGCGCGACCGCGAGUUUGACCGGGUACGCGCGCGCUCGCCCCUUCGCAACGGUGUCUCCGAGGUACCCAAAGAAGAGCGCAAGGAGCCACCUCGCCAUGCACCGCCCUCUUUGCCUGUUUAUCCACCGCCGUCGCCCUGGGACCCGUACCGCGCGUUCGACCCACUGCAGCACAUGCGUUUUGCGCCGCUCGUGGAGGCGGCCAUACGCGCCGAAGAAGACCGUGCUAAGAUGCUCAGUGCGUACGCACACCAUCAACAGCUGAAGUCGAGCCCGCUCCUGCACCGCGGGCUCGGCGCGCACGCGCCGUUGCCUCCGCUGGGCCCGCACGGGCCUCUGGCGCCGCUGGCCCCGCUGGCGCCGCCGCUGGCUCCACUAGCACCGCUCGACCUGCUCAAGAAGGAGGAGCCGCGAUGA